AUGGUGGUGAAAGCUAGGCGUAAUUUGGCGAGGAAUGAAGGCCCGCCCAAAUCAGUAGUUGAACGCAAUAAAACUAAAGACAAUAAAAAACCCACAACAUUCUAUGUUAUCCUAUUCCUUUUAGUGUUAGUCGUUGUAUCAGAGUUUAUUUUCGAGAUUGAGAUAAUGUAUAAAUUAUUCCCCAUUUACACAUUUUUAAUUCGCAACACCUUAAAAAACAAAUUCUACAACAAUUUCCACAUUUUAAACAAGAAACCUUCUCCACUCUUCUUCACAACCAAUACACAUAAUACCAACAAUAGUAGUAACACAAAUAAUAAUAAAAAUAAUCCCGAACAGAAGAAUGAGAAAAAUGAUGCUGAAACUAUGAAUAAGAGGUUAUGGGAUUUAUUGGUGCCUGAGAGGAAUUGGUCACUACGUUCACCCCAAUUCUGGGUGUUACUAUCAUUAACUAUCGCCUUGUAUGUGUAUAACAGGUGUAACGAAAAGGGAUCAAAAGAAACUCAAAACCUUCUAGACCAGGACAAAAUUAAACACAAUCAAAUUGUACAUAAUAAUCUAAUUAAACCUUAUUACGCAUUAUUCAUUUCCAUGUAUAUUAGAACAACUAAUUUUUUAUAUUUAUCUACAAAUUUGCAAUUAAAAUUAGGUAAAACACAGUCAAUUGUGAUUAUAAAAAAGUACCAUAUGUACUAUAUAAAAUUACUGCUGAGAAUUUUGGCCACGUCUUUUACCAACAACGUUACUGGCAAAUCUUCGGUUAUAAGUUUGUCUCUUCUUAGCCCGUCCAGUCAAUGGUUUCUUCUUCUCCUGUUUAGCGACCUUCGGGGUAUGAUUCCUGACCUUACCGGCUCUAGCAAGUGA